GACAGCAGAGCAGCUGCUGGUCGCUCGUGUCUCCGGCGCUGCUGCUGCUGCUGCUGCUGCUGCUGUCAGACUCAGAGCGACAUCAGGCGGAUGAGAGCUGGCUGACAGACACUGACUAACUUGUCCAGGCGGAAUAACGCGUCCCUCUGCUGCUCCUGCACAUUUCUGCCGGGUGUUCCCACUUGAAGAGCAGCGCCAGGUCCUCGUCCAUGGCCAGCCCGGUGGCAGAGACAGGACAGUCUCCUCAGCACCCGCGGGACGCGGCGGCCGCAGCCUGCGCGUCCCGGGAGGCGCAGACCUGGAUCGAGGCCGCAACAGGAAGAUGUUUCGGUGACAAGGAUUUCCGAGGAGGUUUGGAGAAUGGCAUACUGCUUUGUGAGUUGUUGAGCUCCAUUAAGCCUGGCCUCGUGAAGAAAAUUAACAGACUUCCAACACCCAUCGCUGGCCUGGACAAUGUCAGUGUGUUUCUGCGCGGCUGCGAGGAGGUAGGACUGAAGGGCUCCCAGCUGUUCGACCCUGGAGACCUGCAGGACACGUCAACGCGUCCCACUGCCAAGGGAAGUGACUGCAGUCGAAGGCUCAAGAAUGUUUUGAUCACCAUCUACUGGCUUGGUCGUGCCGCCAACAGCUGCACCUCGUACAACGGGCCCACGCUGGACCUGAAAGAGUUUGAGGGCCUGUUGUCACAGAUGCGAAAGGAGGCAGAGGAGGCAGAAAGCCCUCAGCGCAGCAUCCGGGACAGCGGUUACAUCGACUGCUGGGACUCUGAGCGCAGCGACUCUCUCUCUCCGCCACGCCACGGACGCGAGGAUUCAUUCGACAGCCUGGACUCCUUCGGCUCUCGCUCACGACAGACCCCGUCGCCAGACGUCCUGGUCACCCGCGGCAGCAGUGAUGUCCCACCUUUCUUCCCCGCAUUAGGCCGUGGCAGUGACUCGGAGUCAGACGGCCCGCUUCACAGGAAGAUUCCAGACGUGCAUAAGGAUGACAUGCUGGCGCGGCGGACGUCGGUCAGCGAGCCUCGAACCGCUCUGCCCUUCAACCAGUACCUGCCCAACAAGAGCAACCAGAGUGGAUACGUGCCAACGCCGCUGCGCAAGAAAAAGAACGACAAAGAGGAAGCUGGAGGCAAGAGCUGGAGUACCGCCACGUCGCCUGUAGGGGGCGACAGACCUUGUAGAUGUAUCAGUCCCAGUGCGGUCCCUAGCUUAGUGGUCCCACCUGGAGAGGACAACGGUCCGUCCUCCAGCCCACCCCUCAAUCCUCCUAUACAGAUUCUGGAGGACGAGGCUCAAAAGGAAGGGAGGCUCACUGCAUCCAUAUCCUGCACUGAGAUCCAUGCUGUGGGUGUGCGGAGGAGAAGUGAGCCUCUGCCCGUUAGUCUCCUCCACCCCCUCGUACGUCCCGCGGGGGAGACCGUAGCGCGUCUGAUGGUCACCUCAGAUCAAAGGAGUGUGAGUAUGAUUGACAUGCGUGGUGACGAAGACACGCUCUUGCAGCCGCACAGUCAGGUCCGCCAUGAGCUGAUGCACAACCAGUACAACAAGAUGAAGGAGGAGGAGAAUCACUGGCAGGACGACCUGGCCAAGUGGAAAAAUCGGAGGAGGAGCAUUUCACAGGAUCUGAUUAAAAAGGAGGAGGAGAGAAAAAUGAUGGAGCAGUUGAUGUCACACGGUGGUACUUCUCACCGGAGAAAAAGCAUCAAAACCUACCGAGAGAUAGUGGAAGACAAUUUCAUGAGGGAGCGCCGUGAGGACGAUCUACGGCUGGCGUACCGGAAAGCCAGGACUCCGGAGGAAGCAUCUGCCCUUCUCCAGGGUUACGCCCAGCGCUUCGCCAUCAGCGAGUCGGUCCUGGAGCGGUUGCAGCUGCCAAAGCUCCUGGACCGGAGCGUCUCUGCCGAUCCCGCUUUCUCCACCUCGCCCUUCUCCGUCUCCCUGGCAUCCUCCCCCACGACUCCAGACCCCUUUGACAUGGACCCUAACGGGCCCAUGAAGUACCUGCGACAGCAGUCCGUCCCCACUCCCAAGUUCACAUCCACGUUGGAGGCACGGAUCGAAGAGUUUCCCAAAGACUCGCACCAGCGGCCCCAGAUUCGCUCUCGCUCGUCUGAACCGCCGUCGACCCGAGCCCUGUCGCCCAAACCCGUGCCUUUAUUAAUGCCCAAGCCUUACGUCCAGACCCGGGCUGCAGCCGCGGAAACAUGGAACAACAAGGCUGAUGGUUUGGUCCGAGUAAACGGCGACAUUGGAAAUGGCACCAUUCCCACGAAGCUGGAGAAUCCAGGAAGGGAAUCCCCUCCUCAAUUCCAGGCGUCUCCUUCUAAAUCCCCAAACGCCACCGUGGAGGCUCCCUCGUCGGCUCCCUCGCCGGCUCCCUCGCCGGCUCCCUUGCUGGCAGCCGCGUCGGCUCCCUCGCCGGCUCCCUCGUCGGCUCCCUCGCCGGCCGCAGCCUCGCCGGCAGCCUCGCCGGCAGCCUCGCCGGCAGCCUCGCCGGCAGCCUCGCCGGCAGCCUCGCCGGCAGCCUCGCCGGCAGCCUCGCCGGCAGCCUCGCCGGCAGCCUCGCCUCCUCGCAGCCCACAGGCCUCCAACGACCCAGGAAGUCCGGCGUCAACGGCAGCCGAGGAGACGCAAGCCAGCGCAGAGGCAUCCCCUGAGGAGACGGUCCAAGAGGAUGCUGAGCGUUCAAGCCCGCCACCCAGCCGGCCCACUUCUCUUCCAGCGGAGUUGCAAAAGCAGGAAGAAACCUUUGGGAAAACUGCAGGCGUGGCGGAUGCUGCUCCAAAAGAAGAGAAGUUAGUUGCUGUGGUUCAACAAGCGCCACCUGCAGAAGCCAAACAAGAGCAAGAGAGCACUGAACCUUCCAGUGAAAACACACAGCAAAAUCAGCCACCACCCUCCACGAUCUCUCUUCAGGGCAGCAUUUCAUGUUCUAAGGAACCGUCACAGAAAGCGGAGAUGGCGCCGACAUCAAAUGCACCGCUAUCAUCUGGAUGUCAUCCUCCAGAGGAAACGGAUUUUGAAAUCAGUGUCAGUUCUCCGCAGGCAGCCAGCAAGCCUAAAUUACGCACGGAGUUCUUCGCUCCACCAGAAGAUGCAGAAAAGGAUCGUCAUGGAAACGUGUCAGUCCCGGUGUUGCCCCAGGCCAGGCGGGGAGACCGCUGGUCUUGGGACCCGGACGAGGAGCGAAAGCGUCAGGAAAGGUGGCAGCAAGAGCAGGAGCGCAUGCUGCAGGAGAAGUACCAGCGUGAGCAGGAGAAGCUGAAAGAGGAGUGGGAGAAAGCGCAGAGGGAGGUGGCGGAGGAGGAGAAGAAGUAUCAUGAGGAGGAGCGUAAAAUCCUGGAGGAAACGGUGAUGCCUCUGACACCCCGCUCCUCAGCCCUGCCCUCCCCCAGCCGGGGGGAGCUCUCCUCCACCCCCGAGCCGCAGGACACGAUCGUCCGCUCGCUGGCUGACUGGGAACGCAAACAGGAACUGCUGGAAAGACAGUCUAGGGGGAGCACGGAGAGUGCAGAGUGGAGACGGAGAGAGAAUGACAGGACCAGCGACAUCAGCACCGCUGACGACAGCAUGAAAACAGCCAAAAGCUUGGUUAGUCAGAGCAGCAGUCAGACAGAAAAGCCUGGUCACAGCCUUCACAAUGGCCAAAAACUUCCUGCAACGAUGGCCAAACCCUCAACUCCGGUAAAGAAACAGGAGCCCCAAGCAGACGGCAAACGAGCCAGCCGGGCUCCUGGAGAGAGAAGGAGCGGCCCCAUAGAUAAUAACAUGGGCUGCAGCUCAUCAAAAGCUCCGUCUGCAUGUCCAUCAGCCCCAGACACGCCGCCUCCAGCGACCAACAGGUCCGUGAGCGGGAAGAAGCUGUGCUCCAGCUGUGGUCAGCCGCUAGGGAAAGGAGCAGCCAUGAUCAUAGAGACCCUCAGCCUCUACUUCCACAUCCACUGCUUUAAGUGUGGGGUCUGUAAAGGACAGUUAGGCGACACAUCCACUGGGACGGACGUCCGGAUCAGAAACGGCCUCCUGAACUGCCAUCAGUGCUACAUCCGCUCCCGCUCGGCUGGACAACCAACAACAUUGUGAUGCUCGACGGAAAAGCACAAGGUUCAAAGAAGAAACCUCAUCGCUGUUUUAACCUGAUUAUCUGCAAUUCAUGUCCUCCGCAGCGUGUCGGGAUCUUUGCUUCCCCUGCAGCUCAAUAACCACUAAAGAUUCAUCAUGUGGGCCGGAUGGGGAUCUGGGGACACUCAAACAUUAUAUAUAUAUAUAUAUAUAUAUAUAUAUAUAUAUAUAUAUAUAUAUAUAUAUAUAUAAUGAAUGAUCAGUGUUUGUUAUCGGAUAGGUGAUUGAAAUCUGGAUUUAACUGUUUCAUCAUGCAGCAACAAAGAGAGCCUGUUCUUAGGCAACAAUCAUGUUGAAAGAAAAUAAAAAUGCAAUGUUUGCAGGUGCCUCAAACAGAUCUAGGUUGUUGAUGCCUGUUGCCGUAAGACUGAACACAAACACUGACAGAAAAAAUGUGAAUAUUUACCUUUUCUGGUCAAAGUAAUCCCAACAAUACAAUACAUUUAGUUUUAAAAAGGACUUUAGUUGGAUUGAUUAGAUUUCAGAAGCAGGACAGAAAUCCAGAAGUGUGGUCAGGCAGCUCAGAGUAGAUUUUGUUUAGUAUCUUCAAAAGUCUGGUUCUAAAAUAACACAAAUAUGUCCCAUUCAGUUAAGUAAUGAAAUUAGUAAAACGUGCAAUAAAGGUCACUUGUAGUCUUCUGUUCACACACAAAUGCUAUACACAGUAAGUAUAUUUUUGUGUUUCUUUGCCCACAGUGCACUGGCCUCUCUUGUUCUGCGCAGACUAAGAUUAGAUUCUAACUGUAUGGAUGUAGGCUCAUUAUUAGGGCAAUGACACAGUUUAUGAGCUGUCUUUGUGCUUUUGGGUCACAGCCGGUUGUUGCCCGUCCAGUUUGUCAGCUUGGAAAGUCGACUUUAAUGUGCCUUAGGAAAGCAAGGUGAUGCAACAGCUAUGUGGUGUUUUCUUUGUCCAUAUUUUUUUUUUCCAUUUACUUAUUUUUUAUGGAAAAGGUUUGGCCAAAUUUUAACUCUUUACCUGCAAUCAAGCAGGCUGGAGUCCUUUUGUCACAGAAGAAAUACUAUUUGCUUUCAUAAAAUCAAACAAUUUCAUAUCCUCUCUGCAAUUUGUAAAGGAAACACAACACAGGAAAUACAUUUGUUGUCCUUUUGGAAAGCUACACAGUAUACAGUGUGUACUGGGUACUGCAGGGGAAACAUGGGUUUAAUUUUGAAUGUUAUAUUCAACUGUGAUAUAGACAUAUAUAUGCUAAUAUUGAGGUCAUUUUGAUAAUUGCUCAGUGGUAGAUUUCAUUUAUUCCUUUGAAAAUAUUUAAAAAACACAAAAAUCACCAGAAAAUGUUACAUCUAGUGAAACAGCAGAGGUCAAAUGAACACAUACCAGCAGCAGUUGCUCCUGUGCAAUAUUUGGAUGGAUGAACACUGAAGAUGUGGGCUGCCAGCUUCACAUUUUAAGUCAUUUGCUUCUUUUUUAAAUGGUAUGAGAAGAGCUCCAUCGCGCGUUGUGGGGAAAAAAAGAAUAGCAUGUUUAAGCCUAAAACCAAAUGAUUUGCUGUAUGAAAGCAAAGUCGCAGCCUCCUUUUCCUCUUCCUCAUCUGCGUCCUAUAGCCAGGCUUCUCCUCCGGGGUCAUCCCUCUGAUCUGCAGUAUUUUUAAUCUUCUGUUCCAAUUGUGUAUUUUUAUUUCUAUCCUCCAUUUAGUUAUGAAUAAAUCUCAGCUAAGUCUUUAUAGCGGGAUCUUUGAGACGAGGCUCUGUAUUCAGACAGUUUUAACAGGAUAGGUUGGGGAAUUAAAUCCUUUUUGCGUCUGUACUGUAUUUAUUGUAAUAUUCACCAGAACACUAUUCAGAAUAUAGAUUCAUCUGAUGUUUAAAUGCAAUGGCAUUUACUAUGGCAUACUGUAUGUUUAUAAAU